GAUCGGCAUUCGGAGGGGAAACAUCAUCCGCCGGGAGCAGCGCGAGUGGGUUACGGAGCGAUGCUGAGCGCCUGUCUGCCCUCCUGGGAGCUCAGUUUCUACCUCGCCAUCACAGUCGGAUUUCACUUUUACUCCUUCCAUGAAGUGUACCAACUCUCCAGAAAUUAUGAAGAAGAACUUGAUGCUGAAUUUGGAUUUGAAAAAGGAUUCUUUAUUUGGGGUUUUAAGAAGGACCCAACAGACUUUGAAUGGAGCUUUUGGACAGAGUGGACAAAGAAUUUGCUGGUGUGGACUCUGCUUGGUCAUAUAAUUGUAUCACAAGUGACCAUAGCCUUUUUUCCAAAGUUUAGGAUGUGGUUGCUGAUGAUGUAUGGGAUGUUGGCCUGCUUCCUUACAAUGGGCUUCAAAGGCCUGCUAGUAAUAUUAUUGCAUGUGUUCAUCUCCUAUGUGGUCGCCCAGCUGCAAGUGCCCGUAUUAUCCUGGCUAUGUUCAAUAUUACUACUAUACAGCUUACAAAUGGACUCUCUUGGAAAAAUUGAGAAAAGCUGGUAUGAGACAGAGAAUGAAUACUUCCUGCUUUUAUUCUGCUUGGCUCUUUGCAAUCUGCGAUACACAAGUUUCAGUUUAGAGUACUGCUGGUACUAUGAUGGACCACGAAGGCUUGGUGUAUCCUUCUGCUGGCUGUUGGCAUAUAUGUUCUAUUAUCCUAUAUUUCACAAUGGACCCAUCAUAUGCUACGAUGACUUCAUUAAUCAGAUGAGAAAACCAAAGACGUCAGUGCCCAAAAAAGACCUUGCAUGUUUGUUGCUGAGUGGAGUGCGCAUUUUGUUCUGGUGGUGUCUGACAGAGUCCAUGCUUCAACUAAUGUAUAUUCAUGCAAUUCAGCAGCAAGAAACAAUAUUGGAAUCUGCCUCUUACUGGACUUUAGGUGGCCUUGGUUUUGCUCAUACUUUAUUUUUCUAUAUGAAAUAUCUGCUGUUUUAUGGCAUUCCAUCAAUUAUCAUGCAUUUGGAUGGAAUUGAACCACCAAGAUUGCCAAGGUGUACCAGUAGUUUGUACAGUUUUACAGGAACAUGGAGGGAGUUUGAUGUUGGAUUACACCGUUGGUUGGUAAGGUAUAUUUAUAUUCCUUUGGGAGGUUCACGGCAUGGCAUACUACGGAUCAUGUUCUCUUCUGCCGUGGCCUUUAGCUUUGUCUGCUACUGGCAUGGUGGCCAUAGCUUCAUGCUAAAUUGGGCAGCUUUGAAUUGGGCUGGAGUAAUGGUAGAAAGCACACUGAAGAUGAUCUGUUCCAUUUCACCUGUUCAGGAGAUUAUUGAACAGUCCUUGUCGGUCAGAAUGCAGCGUCGGGCUCAUGCUGCUUUAGCGAGUGUUGCCACAACUCUGCUCAUUUUAUCCAACCUGGUGUUUCUCUGUGGGAAUCGAGUAGGAUACAUCUAUUGGAACAGAAUGAUUUUACAAGGUUGGCCAUGGAUACCUGUAACAGUCCUGGCAUAUUUCUACUGCUAUGCCCAAGUAGGAAUUGAAUAUGACCGAGUCAAAAAUUAAAUCUUCUGUUAACCGAGCUAUAUUUUACUACUCGUAUAAAUGUAGAUCAUGUUUUAAAAAGAGACAUACUAUCAAAGCUAAUCACAAGAAUAACACCUCUCGAAGGCAACAGUUUAUUACUUCAACCAAUCAGUCCACUUGCCAGCAACUCUGCAUCGCAUGAGAUAUAAAUUGUUGAUCCAUUUUAUGGCAUUAUUCAUGUUCUGUACUGUCAAGCAA